AUGAGCCGAUUGGGUGCAAGGGAGGCCGUCGACUGGCGUGACGAGGUACAGAAAGGACCCGAUGAAGCGAUGGCAAACGUCGCCGCCUCAUGCGGCCGACAGACUCCGCAAAAUCGACCUAAAACACUCAAGCCUGCUUGCUUUCGCAAUCUAGAAGGCGUCCUCGAACAUCAACUCUCCUUGGCAACAGAAGACCUGCUCAUCCUCACGCUUGUCGUCAGACCUGGUUUUCGAGGGUCAGGAGGAGCUCCAGUUGUGCGCUUCGGAUCAAGUCGACCCGCCUCGCACACAUUUUCCGGCUCAAAGCGGUUGCGCACAAGACCCGAGUUGCCGUGGCAACGGUGUCUGCGUCACGAUCCCAUCUUUCCACAAGGCCCCGCCUGA